AUGAAAAUAAAUUAUAUUUUAUUAUUAAUUUUAUUAUUAAUUAAAUUAAUAAACUCUUUUAAUUAUGAAUUUGAUGGCAAAUAUAAAAUUUCAGAAAAAUUAACUGACCAUUUAAUAAAUAAUCAAGAUGAAGAAAAUAUUAAAAUUUGGGUUACUUUUAAUUCAAAAAAAAAAGAAAAUUUUUAUAAUAUCGAAGAGUUUUCAAAAAACAAUGGAUUAAAAAAAGAAUCAAUAGAAAGAAGAAUCAAUAGAUGUCAUGAUAAAAAUAAAAUUAUUGAUGAUAGUGAUAUUAUAAUUAAUCAAGAUUUUAUAAAUCAAGUUUUAACCUGUGGUAAUGAAAAUACAAUUAAAUUAAUUCAAAAAUCAAAUUGGUUAAAUUCAAUCUCAAUCUCACUUUUAAAAGAAACUUCAAAUAAAUUAAUUGAUUGUAUAAAAUCAUUAGAAUUUGUUGAAACUGUAGAUUUAGUUACAAAAUUUAAAAAGAAAACAACGACAACAACAACAACUAAACCAUUAUCAUCAUCAUCUAAUGAAUUUAAUGGUUGUUUAAAAAAUGAUGAAGAUAAUUCAAAAUUUGAAAAAGAAUUUAAUAAUUUAAUUGAAAAGAAAUUAUUAGAUUUAAAAAAUAAAUUAUAUUCAUCAUCAGCAUCAGCAUCAGCAUCAGCAUCAUCUUCUGAUUCAUAUUUCAAUGAAAUUCCUGAUAAAUAUUAUGGUUAUUCAAAUACUGGAUUGAGACAAAUUAAUGUUGAUAAAUUACAUGAAAUGGGAUAUGAUGGUUUUGGAAUUAAAAUUUUAAUAACAGAUACUGGUUAUAGAAAAUCUCAUGAGGUUUUUAAACAUAUGAAAAUUAUUGGUGAAUAUAAUUUCUUAAAGAAUAAAAAUAAUACACAAGAUGAUUUUGAUCCAUUUUUUAAAGAUGUAAAUGAACAACAAACUGGCCAUGGCACAUUUACAUUAUCAACUUUGGGUGGUUAUAGACCUGGUGUUUUAAUAGGUGCAGCAUAUAAUGCAUCAUUUUUAUUAGCUGAAACUGAAAAUGCUACAAGUGAUUUCCCAUUGGAGGAAGAUAAUUGGAUUGCAGCUAUUGAAUGGGGUGAAAGCCAUGGAGCUCAAUUAGUAUCCUCUUCAUUGGGUUACGAAAAUUGGUAUACCUAUGCAAAUAAGGAUGGUCAUUUUUCAAAAAUUUCAAGAGUGGCAACAAUGGCAGUUAAUAAAGGAAUGGUGGUAGUAAUGGGUGUUGGUAAUUCUGGUGAUUUGGGUAUGGGAAUACCUGCAGAUGCAGAAUACGUUAUAUCAGUGGGUGCAAUUGAUUCAAAUGGAGAAAGAACUGAAUUCUCUUCAAUUGGGCCCACUGCUGAUGGGAGAAUAAAACCAGAGGUAAUGGCAUUGGGACUUGGUAAUUUAGUUGCACAUAAUUUAAACGAUACCACCUAUGAUCGAUUUGAUGGCACAAGUUUCUCUUGCCCAUUGGUAGCAUCUGGUAUAGCAUUAUUAAUGCAGGCUCAUCCAAAUUGGUCACCAAAACAAAUUUAUGAAGCUGUGAUUAGUAGUGCUUCAAAAUCUAAAUCACCAGAUUAUUUAAUGGGUUUUGGUAUUUUUAAUGCCCUAAAAGCAUAUGAACACAAUCCAACAAAUUCAUCCGAUUGUACAAUUAAUGGAAUUGGCUGUUCAAAUUCAAAUGGUAGAUGUAAUUUACAAUCAAAGCAAUGUCAAUGUGAAUUACCAUUUUAUGGACAGUUUUGCCAAUACAAUAGAAUUCCUUGUGGUCAAAGAUGUUUAUUUUUAAAUUCAACUUGUGGAAUUCCUUCUAAUAAUUUUAAUGUAUCAUUUACAUGUAUUGAACCAAACAUUGGUGAUUUUUCAAAUCAAUCUCCAAAAUUAAAUAACAACAAUUUUUAUAAAUCAUUAUUUAUAAUAUUUUUAUUUUUUAUUUCAAUUUAA